CCCGGGCGGGCGCCCACGAUGCUGCCCGGCGCCCCCUGGCACGCGGCGGCGCCCUCGGAGCUCCCGCAGCCGCCCGCCGCGCCGGACCCCGGCGGCCUGGGCCGCAGCUUCCUCAUCGAGAACUUGCUGCGCGCGGGGGGCGCCCCGCCGACGCCCCCCGGGCCCUUCGCCGCGGGCGCCCAGCUCCGGCCGCUGCCGCUCAAGCCCGGCCCGGCCGCGGCGCCCUACGGGCCGCGCUGGCCCUUCCCGGUGCUGCCCGGCCGCGCCCCCGGCCAGCCCGACGGCGGCUACGGCCCCGCAGCGCCAGUGCCGUCCAAACCUUUUUUCCUGAGCGCCCCAACAUUCUACCCCGAGUGCUGCGGUGGGUCCUGCCGGCACCCUGCGUCUCCCUCUGCUUUCCCAAGGGAAGAGACAGUGCUACCUCUCUUCACACAGGACUCUAAUUCCAAGACCCGAAGGGGUAUUUUGAGAAGGGCUGUCUUUUCCGAGGACCAGAGAAAGGCUCUGGAGAAAAUGUUCCAGAAGCAGAAAUAUAUCAGCAAAACAGACAGAAAGAAACUUGCCAUCACCUUGGGACUGAAGGAAUCUCAGGUGAAAAUUUGGUUUCAGAACAGAAGGAUGAAAUGGCGGAAUUCCAAAGAAAAGGAAGUGCUUUCCAACAGGUGUAUCCAAGAAGUAGGCCUUCCAGAGGGUCCCCUCUCACAACCAGCUCUGAGCUUCUCUUCACCUUGUUCUUCACUUUGGAAAGUUUCCCAACAGCACUUGAGUCCAAGAUGGAGGGAGAAUUCACCAGAAUCGUCAGAAACCCUCAUCCAGGAGGGUUUAGCUGCAGCACCCUCAAAAGCGAGUGCCCUGCAAGCUGCCGUGUAUUUGUGUUCUGAAGAAGAAUCUGGAGACCAGGGUGUACAUACUGGGGCCACCUGA